GGCUUACUUUUCAAAACAGAGGUUCCAAAGCGCCAGAGAGAGGAGGAGUCUUGUUUUGGUUCGGCCAAAAACAAGAAUGUCGGGUCAUCAGUGCACCGAGAACCCGCCUCAUCUGGAUCCAAAUAGCGGGUCAGGUCAUGUCGAGAAACUCGGUAACCUUGACACCUACGUCUCUGGUUCCACUCAUUCAAAGCUUGCUGUUCUUCUUGUCUCUCAUGUUUUCGGAUAUGAAACUCCUAACCUGAGGAAACUUGCUGACAAAGUUGCAGAAGCUGGAUUCUAUGCGGUGGUUCCCGAUUUCUUCCAUGGAGAUCCUUAUAAUCCCGAGGAUAAGGAUCGACCGCUUCUUAUAUGGGCAAAAGAUCAUGGACAAGAGAAAGGGUUUGAGGACUCAAAGCCAAUAGUGGAGGCCUUGAAGAACAAAGGCAUAACUAGUAUAGGAGCAGCAGGGUUCUGUUGGGGUGCAAAAGUUGCAGUGGAACUAGCUAAGCAAAAGCUUGUUGACGCUACUGUUUUGUUACAUCCUUCUCGUGUUACGGUGGAUGAUAUCAAGGAUGUCAACAUUCCAAUCGCGGUAUUAGGAGCUGAACUCGAUCAAGUGUCCCCUCCAGAACUUGUGAGGCAAUUCGAAGAUAUUUUAGCUUCUAAACCUGAGGUGAAGAGUUUUGUGAAGAUAUUUCCAAGUGUCAAACACGGUUGGACUGUUAGAUACAAUGAGAAUGAUCCAUCAGAAGUUGAAGCUGCAGAGGAAGCUCACAAAGACAUGCUCGCUUGGCUCAUCGACUAUGUCAAGUGAGAACUUGGAAUGGUCUAAGCUUUGGUGUGCAUAUAACCAGAGGAGACCCAAAAUCAUGUCUAUUACUCUUUAAAUAAUAAAUGUAACUAGUAGUA